AGUCACUUGCCAUUUCUCAUAACAGCGUCAGAGAGAAAGAACUGACUGAAACGUUUGAGAUGAAGAAAGUUCUCCUUCUGAUCACAGCCAUCUUGGCAGUGGCUGUUGGUUUCCCAGUCUCUCAAGACCAGGAACGAGAAAAAAGAAGUAUCAGUGACAGCGAUGAAUUAGCUUCAGGGUUUUUUGUGUUCCCUUACCCAUAUCCAUUUCGCCCAUUUCCACCAUUUCAAUUUCCAAGAUUUCCAUGGUUUAGACGUAAUUUUCCUAUUCCAAUACCUGAAUCUGCCCCUACAACUCCCCUUCCUAGCGAAAAGUAAACAAGAAGGAAAAGUCACGAUAAAAUUGAAGAUGAAAUACCUGGUCACCUAAAAUUAAAUGUGAGCCACUUCCUUGAAGAAUCAAAAUUCCUGUUAAUAAAAGAAAAACAAAUGUAAUUGAAAUAGCACACAGCAUUCUCUAGUCAGUAUCUUUAGUGAUCUUCUUUAAUAAACAUGAAAGCAAAGAUUUUGGUUUCUUAAUUUCCACAAA